AUGAAAAUUUUAGUAGGUAUAUUAAUUGUAACUGUACUGAAGUGCACUUCUCUUAGUGCUGCGCCAAUAUCACCUAUUAGUGGUAAAUAUCAAAGCACGAAUCAAUGCCAAAGUGGUACCAUUUGUAUGGGAGGUUGCGGCGCACCAGAUAACUGUAGUCGGCGUAAUGUUGUUCAAGCGGUAUUAUUUCCACUUCCAUAUGCUCAUAAACCUAAUAUAUUAACUACUGGGUUAAGUCAUAUAGAUACCAGCAAUGGUAAAAACACACGUUUAUCAGUUACCAAGGAAACCAUAACACCGUUUGGAUUCAAUGCUCGUUUCAACUCAUGGCAUGAUUCGAUUACCCAUCAAGCAUGUGUUGAUUGGCUGGCAUGCCCGUGA